AUGAUACAGGCUAGUAAUAACAGACUAGCAGCAACAUAUUAACAGAUUUCUAGCCAGAUUGUACAUACAAUGGCAAACCAUUCCCGAGGUUAUACAGAGGAUUUGACUAUCAUUAAAAGUGUCAAUUCUAAAUUAUUUUUUCUGGUUAUCAACAAUCUUGGAAAACUAAUAUAAUCAUUCAAUUUGUUCGUCUAAAUUGGAGUAAAUGAUAUUACAGCAUUGGUAUACAAUGAAGAAACUGGAUAAGUAGCUAUUGCAAUGAGUGGAUAAAGAUCAUUUGGAAUAUUUGAACAUGAAGAGAUUCUCUUGCUAUAUGGGAAUAUUAACCAAUCAAAUUAGAUCUCAAAAAUGCUACUUGGAGAUAUUAUAAGAGAUUAUUAAUGUAAUUCUAAUCACUAAUUUAGAUUUGAAUUUGAAACUGAAGGAUAUAGUUAAAUUCAUAUACAACUUUAGCAUGGUGCCAACAAUGAAAUGGUAAAUAGUUGUCUAAAUAUAAAAGGAUAAGCUAUGAUCUAUUUAGUCAAAGGCCAAUAUUAAGGUGAAAAUUUAUUAUCAGAUUACAUCAUGUAUGAGCCAAGUCAAUAAUCAGCUACAGCCAAAUGUCUUGAUAUUUUCUAUCAUCAAGAUAUUAAUACUGCUAGUAUGAUUGUUUAAACAGAUUUAACAGUUAUGUUAGUCCAAUUAGACUAUAACAAAUUCAAAUUCUCAGAAUUCAAGGGAUUUCUAUAGUUAGACUCAUUUAGCAUUAAAUUUUCUAAGUUGAUAAACAAUGAUUAAGGAUUCAUUAUAGGAUAAACGAAUUUUUUCUAUGAUGCUUUUGGAUCUAAAAGAUCUAUAAAAUAAGAACCUUGGAAAACUGCUUACUUGUUGGGAUUAAAUCCUUUUCAAUCUUGUAUAAGCAUGAUUUAAGAUAGCAUUGAGUUUUCGGUAUUAGAUUUUAAUCCUAAUGAUUUUUCUAACUCAUAUCAAUUAAUUAUAAACAGUUGCAUUGAAUUUGAUAUUUAAAAUGGUGUUUUCGACCCUUGCACUGAAUUAAAUUUCUAAAUAUUAACAGGAAAAAAUAUGAAUAAUAGCCUUCUCAUUUCUGAUUUGACAUAACAAAGUUCCUAUUAGUGUAAAAUUUAAGAUUUACCAAUAAAACCUCAAAGUAGCAAAAAUUAACAAGAUUUAUUUACAUACUUCAUUGGCAAAACAGACGAGGAUUCUUUCAUUUAAUACUAAUAAAUAACUUGGAAGUGUGGUCAAACUGUAAGAUAUGAAAUUAAAGUAUAUAAAAUGUCUAAGAUAUUAGAAAAAUAAUCAAUUUUUAAACUUUAAGCUUCAGAAUAAAAAGUUAAGUUAUAUUCUGCAAAUAUCCUUGAUGCCGAUAAUUAUACAUUAGUAGUAGUUGCCUUUUAAUAAGAUGAAUAUUCAUACUCUUAAACAUUCGAUGUUCAACUAAAAGUGUACUGUGAGAGUGAUAUAGGCAUGCAAUUACCAAGAAUAGAUGAAUUUAACUAUUUUGUAGGACCUGAUAGUUUAGAAUAGUAAUUCAAAGUUCCAUUGAUUAAAGAUAAAGUUAAUGGACAAUGUGGUCAUUUAGAUAUUUCAGUAGUGGAGGAUUCUUAGCUAGUUUUAUACGAAAUCACACCUGAGGUGAUAAUAUUUAAAUUUUAAAGUACAGAUACAACAAAAUUUGGAGGAUAAGGCAUAAAAACAUUGAAACCAUAAAUGUUUGGGUAAUUUUAAAAUUCUACUUAUAAAAAAAGCAUUUCAAUAGUAAUCAAUUUCAUGAAUUGUUUAGACUAUGAUAUACCGAGCUAUAAAUUUCCCUUAUAUAAUUACAUCAUUGGGUCAGAUCCACUAAAAAUUGACUUAACAUAAUGGAAAUCUAAUAAUCCUAAUUGUAGCUUUGAAUAUACUAAAAUAAACCCAUCUAAUAAUGAUCCAAUCUCAAUAAAUUCAACUCAUUUGAGCAUAUUUUAAUAAUAAGGUAGCACAACUUAACUACAUUUAACGAUUUAAGCUCAACACAAGGGUUUUGAUAUAUUAUAUGCUAAUUCUAGCUUCACUGUUAGAUUAUUAGACGAAUAUUGUUCAACAAAUGAGUAUUUAAGUGUAAACAUCAAUAGCAAUAGCGGUAUGCAGUAUGUGUAUGUAGUUGGAGAUGUAGAUAACACCAUCAUAUUUAAUAGGUUUUCUACAUCAAACACAGAUUGCAAUAUAUUUGACUACUAUCUUCUCUUGUCUGAUGGAACGGAUAUUCCUUCAUUUAUGAGUUUUGAUGUUGAUUCUAUGAUAUUAUCUUUAAACCCCUAAUAUUCAGACAAGGGAAUCUAUAAUGUGAAGCUAUAUGGUUAACUUAUAAAUAAUUAAGAUCCAUCUUAUUACACUUUUACAAUUCUGAUCAAGAAAUGUGAAGAUUAAGAUUUGUAUCUCGAAACGAACACUCCCAUCACAAUGUUUUACUACUUUGCAUUCGAGCAGAAUUAAUAUAGCGAUUUUUACUUUACUCAAUACAUUACUACCAGUGAUAGUGGUUGCGGAUAAAUAAUUAACACAUUUAAACUACCUGAUGACUCUGAUUUUUUGCAAAAGCCAUUUGUAAAAUAACCACAAUCUAAUUGGGCAAAUUACAGAGUUCCAAUAUAAACGACAUCUAGUGAGUUUGAUGGUAUUUAUACAAUUAAUGUUACAGGGAAGAGUAGUAAUACCCUUCAAAUUAUGAAAUCUUACGAGAUUAAGCUUAACAUAACUUCUUGUUAUUCAGCAUAUCUUGGGGAAAUGUCCCUUCCAGAUAAAAUAUAUGCUUCAGUUGUCAAUAACUAUGGAUCUAAUACCUGGAUCUAAUUUCAUUCAGACUAUCGCUGCUAUAUUGACUAUAAAGCAGUGAAUCUAUCAAGUGCUUCUCAAUCAAUUAAUGGAAAUGAAUUAUAUUUCGAUAGUAGUAAUAACUACGGUGCAACAUUGAGAAUUAGACCUCCAAAUGAUUGA